AGGACGAAGCUGUGCCGGCUGCGGUGAUCCAGACUCAGAACAAGCCGGGGAAAGCCUUCAGGAACUGGACGAGUCGCUCCGGUUUGUCAGUCUUCUCUUUGUUUGGGGAGAGGGACAAUAACAGUGAUGUCAAAGCUCUGUCGCGCGCUGCUUUUCCUGUGUUUACUUCCAGCUGCGGUCCCCCUGUUCUGCUAUACCUGUGUGUUUCCCACCAUUUCCCCGCUGGACUGCAUCAGGUUCCCCAUGAAGUGUCCUCCCGGCCAGCUCUGUCUGUCCAGCAGAGCCGUGGGUGAGAGAGGAGACUUCCGUGUGGUGUUGUAUGAGAAGAGUUGUGUCCUCCCGCCUCUGUGUGGCCUCACCGGUGAAAAAUACGCCAUGGGACUCAACUUCACCUUCACCAAUGAAUGCUGCAGUACACACCUUUGUAACACAGCUACUGGCCCUACUGCCCCUUACUGGAGAGGCAUGCUGCUAACGCUCCUUAUUUCCUAUUCAGUGUGGUGAUGAAUGUGUAUCUGUGGGCUUACACACACAAUAAACAGUCACUUUCAUUUGACAAGAGGCUUAGUUGCAGCCGCUCUGUUUAAUUGCUUAGCUUUUUUCUUCUGAUUGCUUAGGCUCUAUCUUUGAAACUAUAGGCUAUUUUGCACACUAACCACAAAACUUUAGACCAAACCAACAAAACAUUAUACAUCUCUUGCAAAGAUCUUCAAACUCUUUAAUUUCUUUUUUUUGCGUCAAUACGGUACACAAACCAUCAUUUGAACAAGCACAUGAUGCACCAACUACAUGCUGAUAGUAUAAAUGAAAAAUGCUUUUUCUGUGUGCAGGGUAUGGCAGUUUGCAAUAAAGUUUUGUCAUACAUGUAGUAAACACACAUACACACAGCUAUCCAAAUGUGUAAAGAUCCUUGAUUGAUCCUUUAUUUACACAUAUGAAAAAAAAUACAAUAUUUAAUUGGAAACCAUGUGAAGGAGAAUUGCCUUAAAACCCUCAAGGGGCUUGAAAAGUGGCAUUCUCCAGGCAGCAUACUACA